AUGUCUCCCUCCCGCAUUGGCGACUACAACGACAGCGACGGCCCACGAUCCAACCGGACGAGUGGCGCGCUCCGAGACAGCCCAUCGCCUACCUCAAGCAACCGGUCAAACCACUUUGGCAAGAUGAACACAUCUUUAGUCCAGUCAAAAUUCCUCUCCCACCCGGAGGAUCUGGGUAUCGUGGCAGUGGGAUUCUCCGGCGGGCAGGGCAAAGCCGGGGUUGAUGGCGGGCCCGCAGCCCUCAUCGAGUCGGGCCUGCUCGACCAGAUCCGCGACGAGCUAGGGUACAACAUGUACGGGCACGACGCGGUGCACACAUACAAGGAUUUUGUCCCCGCGCACGACCCGCCGUUCCGCAACAUGAAGAACCCGCGCGCCGUGUCGGCCGUGACGCGCCGCAUCGCCGAGCAGGUGCACUCGCACGCCAAGGAGGGCAGGCUGGUCCUGACGCUGGGCGGCGACCACAGCAUCGCCAUCGGCACCAUCGCGGGGACGGCCAAGGCGGUGCGCGAGCGCCUCGGCCGCGAGAUGGCCGUCAUCUGGGUCGACGCGCACGCCGACAUCAACACGCCUGAGACCAGCGGCAGCGGGAACAUCCACGGCAUGCCCGUCAGCUUCCUGACGGGCCUGGCCAGGGAGGACAAUGAGGAUUAUUUUGGGUGGUUGGAGGACGAGCACCGCAUUAGCGUCAGGAAGCUGGUGUACAUCGGGUUGCGCGACGUCGACGCCGGCGAGAAGCGCAUCCUGCGCGAGAACGGGAUCAAGGCGUUCAGCAUGUAUGAUAUCGACAAGCAUGGCAUCGGCCGCGUCAUGGAGAUGGCGCUCGCGCACAUCGGCAGCGACACCCCGAUCCACCUGUCGUUUGAUGUGGACGCUCUAGACCCCAUGUGGGCGCCGUCCACGGGCACUCCAGUGCGCGGUGGUCUGACGCUUCGCGAGGGUGACUACAUCUGCGAGUGCGUGCACGAGACGGGCAGCCUAGUCGCCGUCGACCUAGUCGAGGUGAACCCGAGUCUCGCUACGAACGAGCUCCAAGCCCAAGAAACGGUGCGUGCAGGGUGCUCCAUAGUGAGGUGUGCACUCGGCGAGAGCUUGUUAUAA